AUGGCGUCCCAAAACCUCGCCCGCUUCCUCUCAGACUUCACCCUCGGCUUCUCAGACGGCCUCACCGUCCCCUUCGCCCUGACGGCCGGCCUCAGCUCCCUCGGCCGCAGCGAGACGGUCAUCUACGCCGGGCUCGCGGAGCUGUGCGCGGGAUGCAUCAGCAUGGGCAUCGGCGGGUACCUGGCCGCCCGCGACGCCUCGCGCGAAACGCUACGGUCGGGUUCUUCGCUGGAGGAGGAGGAGGAACAAGGCAUGCUGCUCGCAGAGCGUCGUAGCGAGGAAGAUGCCGCCGAGAAUGAGGAGAAGGGCGGCCCGAGGAGGGUGGAGGAGGCGGAGGACGAUGUGCGGAGGUAUCUCCAACCUCUCAACCUACCGGACUCAACCAUCGCGACGGUGCUUGAGGCGAUCAACUCGCAACCGGAAGGCUCAAGAUGGGCGUCCAAGAGGAUACGAAGUUCGCAUCCAUCCCUCGCCAGCAACACACCUGCCACCGAACAAAAUUCUUCGCUGGUAUCGCCCGUGUUCUCGGGCAUGUCAAUCUCGCUGGGCUACCUGUGCGGCGGCCUCAUGCCUCUGCUGCCCUACUUCAUCGCGCCGAGCGUGGGACAGGGUCUGAGGUGGAGCAUCGCCAUCUGCCUCGUCGCGUUGUUGGCCUUUGGCGCGGGCAAGAGCUGGGCUUUGGGGACGAGAGACGGGUCGUGGAGGCGGUGUCUAUGGGAGGGUGUGCAGAUGGCCUUUUUUGGUUCCUGCGCGGCUGGGGCGGCUGUUUUAUGCGUGAUGUUGGUGAAUGAGCGAGUGAGUUGA